AUGGAGGAUCCAAAACGAAGUAAAUCGGUACAGGAUGUGAGGUCUAGGUUACGUGAAACACAACAGAAAAGGAAGGAUUUUUAUAAAUCAUCUCAUUCUAUUCCGUCCCGAUUUGAAACAAAAUUAAAUUCAUCAUCUUUGGAAAAGAAGGGAUUUGGAACGAGUAGUUGUAGAUUUCAAGUAUUUGUGAAUGAUUUGGGUGGCCCUAAUGCAACCACCUAUUCCAUUAAUAGAGAACUACUUGAACGGAAAACGUCAGACUCAAAGAAAGGUUAUGGAUAUAUGGUAUCGAAUACUAAACGAUGGUAUGAUGCUCCAAGAAGUACAUUUAUAACACCUGGACCUGGUUCUACGGAGCCCCUUCAAUUCUUUUCGUCAACCACAAUACAAGACAAACGAAUUCCCUCGUCGGCCGGUGUUGGAAGUAGAGCUUUUUUAUCCUCAUCGCCGACCAAGACAAAAAUUGAAUCAGAAACACCACCUACGGUUGGUCCUGGAACUUAUAAUGUGUGUGAGUCGUCGUUUGACAAGAAACGAGUGGGAUCUGCCGGUAAAUCCUCCAUGUUUGCUUCAAAAACAAAGAGAUUUUCAGAAGAGAAUCGUUCAUCAUCUCCAACAGAUAUUGUCAACCAUUUCGAAGAAAGCAUUGAAGAAAAAUAUGAACGAGAAAAUCCAUCACGAGGAAUUUACCGAAUAAGAGAGAAAAAAGAAUUACCUCAAGCAAUAUUUCGAUCGACGACGAGAAGAGAUAUUGAGAAUGGAAAACCUCAAUACGAAUCGAUUGAUAUUUCAGAAAUUACUAAACCCAAAUCUGCCUCACGAAGUACCAGAGAAAUUCAAAUUGAUGAUUCUGACAAGGAUCCUCGUUCUUUCUUUUUCAAAAACGAUGCCAUCGAUCGGUUUGGCAACUUUACAGGAAAAACAAGAAAAAAGAAGCACUCCAAGGAACAACCAGACCCAAUAUACUAUCCCACAACCGAUCGAUUUGGCUCCAAUUUGGCUGAUAAGGACAACAAGAAGCACAUUAGCUCUAGCUUCUUUGUCAGCAAUUCAAAAAGAGACCCUUAUGUUCCAACUGAAAAUGCAGACCUGUAUCCAGGAAAAUAUGACUACUCUCAGCUAUUUGCCACAGGUAAAACAAGGACUUUCAACGCCAAUAAACGUGGUAUAUUUCUGUAA